ACAAAACUUCUCACGCCCAAAAAUCUCAUCGUCCUUCCUCUCGCACAGAUCGCCAUCAUCCUCUCCUUUCUUCUGCAAAAAUCCCGUCGAGGCCACCACCUCGCUCUCCCUCUUUUCCCGCACUUCCGAUCGCCAUACCCAGCCUCCGGCGACCCUCUUUCUUCCUCUGCGAGGCGUCACCGCGACCUGCAACCGGCGCGCCUCCUUCCUCCGCGAGGCGUCACCUUUCCGCGAGCAGACCUGGCGAAUUCCUUCCGGCGACCCACCACGCGCAGGCCUCGCUCCGCCACGUCGCUUUCUACCACCAGCGAACCCCGACCACUUUUACGGGCUGAUAUGAUGUGCAAUUUUAUGCCGAUAUCUGUUGAGGUGAUACAUGAGUUUAAGGGAGCUGCUAUGAGCCUUUAUGAGAAGUCUUAUGGGCCGAAAUCUGUUCCAGUAAACCCGAAGCCUUUUCUGAACAAUUUGAUUGGGAAGCCAGUAAUGGUGAAACUCAAAUGGGGAAUGGAAUAUAAAGUUUAUUAUGUUGCCAAGAAUGUCUUUUACCCUGGGUAUCAAUCUUCUCAAGUUCCGAAUUCCAAGUUAGCCCGUUUUAGCACCAAUGCCGCAAAUGUUAAUACAUUUUCAGAUGACGUAAAUGUCCCGAAUAUUUCUGGAGCCUGUUCCCUGAUAGAGAAAAGCAACUCUGAAAGGCCGCUAAAAGAAUUUCACAAAACUCCCCAAACAUACAGUUUAGGGAUUGCAAAUGAUCGUUUGGUGAGAAAACCGAGCGUGAGCUCACAUUUGGAUAUCCAAGGCUCUUCAGAAGUUUGGCUGCACGAUAUCAGACAGUACGAGAAGAAGAGACGUGAUGAGUUAUUGAGUCUAUUUUCACGAACGCGUGACUGCACUAUUCCUCUGCAUGAUGGCACUGUUGCUGAUACUUUGCGGUCCUACACUGGUACCAAUGUAUCAUAUUUUGUCAAACAAAUUCAUGCAAAAGUCAUCCGUUUUGGUUUAAAUACGAGCCCACCUUUUUGUAAUCCUCUCAUUGAUUUUUACCUCAAGAAUGAAUACAUAGAUUCUGCGAUCCAAACUUUUAAAAAUAUGCUCGCAAAGGACAGUGUCACCUGGGUUGCAAUAAUAUCAGGCCUGUCCCAAAAUGGUCGUCAUGUUGAGGCUAUCCUUCUUUACUCUGAGAUGCGGAAGUUGGGUGUAUACCCAACUCCUUAUGUCUUUUCGAGCAUCAUAAGUGCCUGCACCAAGAUAAACUCUUUCGAACUUGGGGGCCAAUUUCAUGCUCUAAUCAUAAAGUGGGGCUUUUCAUCUGAGCUUUUCGUGUGCAACUCCCUGGUCACGCAUUAUUCUCGAUGCGGGAAUUUAUCAUCAGCUGAACUGAUAUUCGAUGGGAUGUCACAUAAGGAUAAAGUCACGUUCAACACUCUAAUUUCGGGCUUUGCCACUCAGGGAUCAAAGGAGAAAUCUCUUGAGUUGUUCGAUAAAAUGCAGACCGAGUCCUUAAAGCCCGAUUGUGUUACAGUUGCGAGCCUAUUUGGAAUUUGUGCAUCAAUGGGGGAUCUUUGCAAGGGAACUCAGCUGCAUGCUUACGCAGUCAAGGAGGGGAUGUGUUUGGAUGUCAUCAUUGAGGGAUCUCUGCUAAACCUUUACGUAAGAUGCUCGGACAUAAAAGCAGCCAAUAGAUUUUUCCUUGAAACUCAAAAUAAUAAUGUGGUACUAUGGAAUGUGAUGCUAGUGGCCUAUGGGCAAAUGGGUGAACUUCAAGAGUCCGUCCGGAUUUAUUCAAAUAUGCUUAUUGCCGGUCUGCAGCCUAACGAGCACACUUACCCUAAUAUCCUGAGAACAUGCACGUCUGCCGGGGCCCUCGAUUUGGGUGAGCAAGUCCACACCCAAGUCAUCAAAACCGGAUUCCAGCCAAAUGUGUAUGUGUGUAGCGUGUUAAUUGACAUGUAUGCAAAGCAUGGAGUAUUAGAAUCCGCCUUGAAAAUUUUUAGGCGCCUUAAAGAGGAAGAUGUGGUUUCUUGGACGGCCAUGAUUUCCGGGUAUGCCCAGCACGACAUGUUCCAUGAAGCAAUAAAACUUUUUGAAGAAAUGCAAGCACGAGAGAUCCGUUCGGACAACAUAGGAUUGGCAAGCGUCAUAAGCGCUUGUGCAGGAAUUCAAGCGCUCGAUCAGGGACGUCAGAUUCAUAGCCAGUCUAUUGUGUCGGGAUACUCUUUGGAUGUUUCGAUAGGGAAUGCACUCGUUUGUCUAUAUGCUAGGUGCGGCUGCACGAGGGAGGCCGACUCGGCAUUUGAGAGAAUUAAUCCGAAAGACAAUAUUUCUUGGAAUGGGUUCAUAUCUGGACUUGGGCAGAGUGGAAACAGUGAAGAUGCUCUGAAGGUUUUCGCUCAAAUGAUUCGGGCUGGAGAGAAGGCCAAUAUGUUCACCUACGGUUCUGCAGUUAGUGCGGCCGCAAACCUGACGAAAAAAAAUCUCGGUAAACAAAUUCACGGCAGGAUUAUAAAAACUGGGUACGAUACCGAGACUGAAGUCUGCAACGUCUUGGUCACUCUGUACGCGAAAUGCGGGUGCCUUAGUGGGGCCCGCAAGGUUUUCCUCGAGAAUCCUCGGAAAAACGAAGUCUCGUGGAAUGCUAUGAUCACGGGUUACUCUCAGCACGGGCAUGGCGUGCGAGCCAUAGAGCUCUUCGAAGACAUGAAGAGGAUGCGAAUAAAUCCGAACCACAUAACAUUCGUGGGAGUUUUGACCGCCUGUAGCCACGUGGGAUUAGUGGAGGAAGGGCUCGAAUAUUUCAAAUCCAUGAACGAGAAUCACGGCUUAAUCCCAAAUCAGGAUCAUUAUGCCUGUGUAGUCGAUGUUCUCGGACGUGCAGGUCAAAUUCGCCGCGCGAGUGAAUUUGUGGAGUCAAUGCCCCUCAAACCAGAUGCAAUGGUCUGGAGGACUCUCUUGAGCGCCUGCACGGUUCACAAGAACAGAGAAAUCGGGGAGUUUGCCGCUAAGCGUCUCUUGGAAUUGGAGCCCAAGGACUCGGCUACUUACGUGCUCAUGUCCAACAUGUACGCGGUCACAGGCAAAUGGGACGAUCGUGAUCGAACGAGAAGGCUCAUGAGAGACAAAGGCGUGAAGAAGGAGCCAGGCCGUAGUUGGGUCGAGAUAAAGGACUCGGUCCAUGCAUUUUUUGUUGGGGAUAGGCUUCACCCUCUUACGAAAGAGAUUUAUGGGUAUUUGGAGGUUUUGAACGAGCGUGUAGCUGAGAUCGGGUACGUGCAGGACCGUGGGAGCUUGUGGAGUGAGUCGGAGCUCGGGCAGAAGGACCCGACUGAGCUCGUACACAGUGAGAAACUGGCAGUUGCUUUCGGGCUCAUGAGCCUGCCUGGUGUGAUUCCCUUGCACGUUAUGAAGAAUCUGCGUGUUUGUAACGAUUGUCAUAAAUGGAUCAAGUUCAUAUCGAGGGUUGCUGAUCGGGCUAUUGUUGUACGGGAUGCAUACAGACUAUUGGUGACUUGGAAUGGUGGACUGGAGGAUAUUGAGUGGAAAAAUAUAAUUCUGCUGUUUGGCAUCAGAAGGGAGCUUCAGGAGGAAAUUGGCAUUACACUUCCAAAGGAUGCAUUCGAGUUGCUAUUUGUUUUUCUCCAAGAAUGGAUUUUUGGAAACCAGCUUUUGUUUCUUUUUGGCCUUGGGUAUACAGAUCCAGCUUAUGCUGCAGCCAUACAGCCUGCUAUCCCAGUUUUUACAUUUGUGCUAGCUGUUAUCAAGGGUACAGAAACAGUGAACUUAUGGAAAAUUGAAGGCCAAACAAAGUUAGGAGGCACUUUUGUUUGUGUGUCUGGUGCCAUUCUAAUGGCUAUGUUCCGUGGUCCAGCUGUGUUUGGACAUGAGGAAGCAGACUUUACCUAAAUGGGGAGAUAGGAGCAAAGGGCCAGCCGGAGCCUGCUGCUUGGUUUAUUUCUACUUCAAUGGGGUUAGGGAUUGACAGUUGGAACCUUGGGGUUUUAUGCUUAAUUGGGAACUGCAUGUGCAUGGCGGCAUAUCUGGCGUUUCAAGCUCCAGUUUUGACCAAGUAUCCUGCAAAUAUAUCAGUGACGGCCUAUUCUUAUUUCUUCGGUGUACUGUUUAUGAUAGCGACUGCAUUCUUUUUGACUGAUGAGUCAGCAGAAUGGAAGCUCUCAAAAUCAGAGGCUGUAGCAGUUUGCUAUGCUGGAAUAAUAGCAUCAGCUCUGAACUAUGUGAUUAUGACAUGGUCAAACACGAUCCUUGGUCCUGCCUUGGUUGCUAUUUAUAAUCCACUUCAACCUGCUGCAUCAGCUUUUCUCUCCAAAAUUUUCCUGGGAAGCACAAUUUAUUUGGGAAGCAUUCUUGGAGGAAUACUGAUCAUAGCUGGGCUUUAUAUGGUCACUUGGGCAUCCUAUUCAGAAAGACAAACGAGCCUAUUAAUUCCUCCUGCUGCUCAUUCAUCUGAACCACUCAUCAAUAGGCAUUCAUCUUGGGACAAGAUUUCGUAUAUGGUUGGCCAGGUUUUUCCGGGCCCUUCGAACUCGAGAUCAAAGGCUAUCGAUUGAACUCCCAACUUUUGUGGUAAGCAGUUGAAGGUAGCAAUAAUUUGUAUUUUUGUAAUUUUCAUUAUCAGAUGCUAUGGGAUUUGGUGGCCGUGGAGGAGUUCAAAAGAACCAUGGUUAAGGAGCGGCCGCACAUUGUCUUACACAGGGGCCGCUGGAUAUUCUCUUAUGACCUGAGGCCAUACCUCGGCCAAAUCACCGUCCCCUGCCACGUCAUCCACAGCUCCAAGGACGCGAUUGUGCCGGUGGAGGUGGCUGAGUACAUCCACCGGAGCCUGGGCGGGAAGUCGGUUUUGGAGCUGAUUCCGGCAGAGGGUCACUUGCCGCAUCUCAGCUGCCCGGAGGUCA